AUGAGGAAGAGGGGCAGCCAAGAAGGGGGAAAAGAGGGGGGGAUUGUUGCUGGCAGCCACGAAAUAGGUAAUAAACACAAAAAAGGAAAGGGGCAGAAAAAUGAGGAAGAAAUUGUGGAAGAAAACCAUGAAACAGGUAAUACACACAAGAAAGGAAAGGGGCAGAAAAAUGGCGAAGAAAUUGUGGAAGAAAGCCACGAAAUAGGAAAUACACACAAGAAAGGAAAGGGGCAGAAAAAUGGCGAAGAAAUUGUGGAAGAAAGCCACGAAAUAGGAAAUACACACAAGAAAGGAAAGGGGCAGAAAAAUGGCGAAGAAAUUGUGGAAGAAAGCCACGAAAUAGGAAAUACACACAAGAAAGGAAAGGGGCAGAAAAAUGGCGAAGAAAUUGUGGAAGAAAGCCACGAAAUAGGAAAUACACACAAGAAAGGAAAGGGGCAGAAAAAUGGCGAAGAAAUUGUGGAAGAAAGCCACGAAAUAGGAAAUACACACAAGAAAGGAAAGGGGCAGAAAAAUGGGGAAGAAAUUGUGGAAGAAAGCCACGAAAUAGGAAAUACACACAAGAAAGGAAAGGGGCAGAAAAAUGGCGAAGAAAUUGUGGAAGAAAGCCACGAAAUAGGAAAUACACACAAGAAAGGAAAGGGGCAGAAAAAUGGCGAAGAAAUUGUGGAAGAAAGCCACGAAAUAGGAAAUACACACAAGAAAGGAAAGGGGCAGAAAAAUGGGGAAGAAAUUGUGGAAGAAAGCCACAAAAUAGGAAAUACACACAAGAAAGGAACGGGGCAGAAAAAUGGCGAAGAAAUUGUGGAAGAAAGCCACGAAAUAGGAAAUACACACAAGAAAGGUAAGGGGCAGAAAAAUGGCGAAGAAAUUGUGGAAGAAAGCCACGAAAUAGGAAAUACACACAAGAAAGGAAAGGGGCAGAAAAAUGAGGAAGAAAUUGUGGAAGAAAGCCAAGAAAUAGGUAAUACACACAAAAAAGGAAAGGGGCAGAAAAAUGGCGAAGAAAUUGUGGAAGAAAGCCACGAAAUAGGAAAUACACACAAGAAAGGAACGGGGCAGAAAAGUGAGGAAGAAAGUCACGAAAUAGGAAACACACACAAGAAAGGAAAGGGGCAGAAAAAUCAGCAAGAAAUUGUAGAAGAUAGCAAGGAAAAAGGGGCCCACCAACCAAUACCGAAAACUGAUAUUGUCGUCGACUCUGAAAUCACAUCGAGAUUCAAUACGGAUGAGGGAGCGCAAGAGAUUGUCCAGAAAAAUAAAAAUGGAGAAAGUAACACAAAUGCUGGCGCAAUAGGAAAAAAUGAUGCAACAAGUGCAGCGUCCACCAGCGAAAACCAAGCGAUGUCGGGUGGUCAAAAGGCUGGCAUUGUAAUAGGCGCGCUGGUGGGAAUAGCGAUCGUCGCGUACGCAGGAAAAGUUAUAUGGAGUAAAUACAUUGCUAAGUGA